AUGCCACCAUCUUCGGCUAAAAAGAACAAAAAAUUACCACCUAAUCCCCUUGGGGAAAAGGAAAAGAAGAGUGUAAUCAAGUUGAGUCCAUUCGAAGCAACUCCAAGAAAUUUUAGAAUUGGAGGAAAUAUACGACCCAGACUCAACUUGAGUAGAUAUGUCAGAUGGCCCAGAUAUAUCAGGAUUCAAAGACAGAGAAAGAUCUUGUUGCAGCGUCUUAAGAUUCCUCCUGCAAUUAACCAAUUUAAGUAUACCAUUGAUAAGAGUCAGUCUGUUGAACUACUGCGAUUUUUGGAGAACUACAAACCAGAGACCAGAAAAGAGAAGAAGGCUAGACUUACCGCUACAGCUGAAGCAUUAGCUAGAGGUGAAACUGUAGCAGCCCCUAAGCGUCCUUACAUGCUAAAAAGUGGAGUAAAUCACGUCACCGACUUGAUAGAAUAUAAGAAGGCUAAACUUGUUGUUAUUGCUCACGAUGUACAUCCCAUUGAAUUGGUGAUAUGUAUCCCUGCCCUUUGCCGUAGAAAGGAGAUCCCCUAUUGCAUUAUCAAGGGGAAGAGUAGGUUGGGCAAACUUAUUAACCAAAAGACAGCAACAGUGGUGGCUUUGGAUAAUGUUAGAAAACAAGAUCAGGCGAAGUUUGAUCAUUUUGUGAAACUGUUCACUGGCAUGUUCAAUGACAAUGUUGAUAUUAGGAGACAGUGGGGAGGUCAUACUAUGGGUAUCAAGUCGCUGCACAAGCAAAUUAAAAACGAUUUACUUAUUUCUCAAGAGCAUUCUAAGAAACUUGGCCUAUAA